UUCUUUCAUUAAGAGCAUACAUAUAAAACAAAUAUUAAUUAUUUAGGAUAUAUUUCAUUUUACUAAAACACAUAACUCGGUACAAUACUGUAUUUGAGUUUAUUUUGAGUUAAAUGCUACCUACAUAAUAAACAUUUCGUAGUCCUAAUUUCCUAUGCCUAUGCUAUUUUACAAAGCCGCCGGCAACGUGUGUGAACAGGCGAUUAUUGAUUUGUUAUAAGUUAUUAAAUCCUGUGUAGUUUAAAUUCAGUUCGGUUUAUCUUCUAACCAGUGUUAAGAUAGCUUAUUGGAAAUGUCAGGCAUGGGAAAUCAUGGUCGUAGACGAUCUAAUAUGUCUUUAGAUGGACAACAGUCUCUUCUGACUGCUAUCAAUCGAUUCGUACAAGCCGUCGACAUGAUGGACGACACAGUGAUGAUUCCUUGUCGUCUUCGGGACAUUCCUGUUGAAUCAAUGUCUAUUUCUAAUAUGCACGAAGAAAACAACAACAAAGCAGUUGUCCCAGCUAUACCGGUGAGUGGCGAUCUCUACCAUUUUUAUGCAAUGCUCCAUGCAAUUCGAUCGGAGAUCACAGCAGGCCCACCCAACAUAAACGACGAAGAACAAAACGACAACACUGACGACUCAGUUGAAGAAGACCCCAUCGGAGAAAAUGCUAAAAAGACCGCUGCAGCUUUCAGAUAUCACCUACGAGGUUUAUUUGGACUUUUACAUCAAAUGACAGAAACUGCUAAAUAUCUAAGCAGCAGGUAUGAAAGUGAGGUUACGUCAACACAAAAUGGAAUUUCAUCCGUGUCUUCAUUCAAUAUGUAAAUUUUCCUAAGAUCUUAUUUCGUCUUUCACCUCAUUGUCACGAAUCUGUCCUCGAUACAUCAGUUGUAAAUAAAUAACAUUAGAUCUACAGCAUGACUGCAGUAUAAAAGAAUUCUCCAGAAUAAGAACACUAUGAGCUGUAUGUAAACCUACUUUCUUCAUAUUUUCAAACCCAAAAGCAGGUGAGAAGUAAAUCUAGAUUUCUAGUCUAGAAUCUGUCAAAGUAAGAUGAACAUCAGGUAGUCUAGAUCUAAUUUAGAUUCUAGAUUUCACUAGAUUUUUAUAUUGAUUCCAACCCAGUACUGAACUUGUUCUUCAACUUCAUUUUAAAAAGUGAAAAAUCAAAAAAAAAAACGAAGUUUUAAAUCUGCAUUUCCUAACAAAUAUGGACACAAGUUUCCCAGGAUACCACUGAUCACCUAAUGUGACUAAUACCGGCUCUGUGACCCACAUCAGGCAUAAAGUGAAUGUAUUUGAGUUCUCUCAGGAAGUUUUAGAUUUAAUAUUUGGUUUCCAAGUUCAAAGACUUGCUUUUCCAAUUAAAUUUGAUGACUCCUUGUUCCAAGAUUUGUCUGACGAAGCACAGAUGGUUUCAACAAGUUUUUUCAUGACACUAUUUAUUUCAUCUAGACUCUUCUAGUUACAUCUUCCUAUUUUAUAGUACAGUAAAGCAAGAGAAUAAUAAGCAUGACAGAUGUGUUAGUGAAUCAAACUGACUGAAUGAGAAUGACUGCUUCAUACAUUAGUAAUGUUGAUGUCCUCUAAACUAUUUGUAUUGAAUUUGAACUUAAAGUCAAAGUGCAAUACCAAUGUUAUAGUGUACCGUUAUGUAACACUAUGGACUGAAUUUUGAUUUGUUACUUAAAUUACAAGUUACUAUGCUUUUAUUUAUGUCUUGUGUUUAACUAUUGAAACAAUGGUACUGUAUAGCUAUGGAAACAAUGUUAAACUGAAUUUUAGAAUUUGAUGAAAUAGAUAAUUUAUAUUCUUAAUAUUAUCAAUAUGAAUUACUAAUUCAUUACUUUUAUCAAUAUCAUACCCAAACACAGGGUUAAUUAAAAGUUGGGGUUUGUUUUUAUAGAGCUAUGCAAUAAAUUGUGGUAUGACUAAGCCAAUAUUGAUUAUUGCUACUUGAGAAUUAAUUGUCAAGUCUCAAAUUAUGGUAAGGUAUAUUGAUGCUCUGUGGUCUGAAUUGGCACUGAUCAGACUCACUUGUUGAACAGUUUUUUUAGAGACAUUCCCUGUUAAGUGUUUUUUACUGUAUUCAGGCUAUAGGGGGUGCCAUUUAUGACUGAAUUAACGACUAAUUACUCCAAUUAGCCACUUAAUAAGUAAUACAGCCAUGGCUUGGUUACUUAAACACAGCUUGAAUCAUUGCAUAUUACCUUCAUUAAUCAAUUAUAACCAUCAUUUAUUUAUAUUAAUAUCUACAUUCUAAGAAAAAAACUGAGGUUUUUUUGAGAUACCUGAUAAUUUGCAGCAUGUUUUUUUCUGUAGAUAUUAAAAAGAUUUAUGAAUUUUAGAAUUAUUUUUUAAAAGAACAUUAAUUUUUUUUGUAAUUGUUGUAUUGUUACAAUAUGUACACCAUCAGUAAUAAUAUCAGCAUUUGAUAGUUAAAGUUAAGUGGAUAAUUUCUCAUUGAAACUAUCUGGAAAAAAAAAUGUGUGUUUUAUACUUGUACUAUUUCUAAAAAGGUAAAAAUUUUGAGAUAUUGGGUUGGCAAAAAUGUGUACUUAAUUAUCUUAGAGAUUUUUUAGUUUCUGGAAUGUUCUGUCAAGUAUAAAAAAAAAUAAAAAAAUAACUUUCACUGCCGCUGAUUUUGUAUAGUAUUUAGGCAAGUUAUUUUAAAAUUGGUAUAACCUGGUAGAAAAGCUUAUUAUCAUUGAUCUGAAUAAAUGGAUAGUUCUUGUGUCAACUGUUUGCUAUACUACACACAAGCCAGUAUAUAUGUAUUAUAUAUAAAUAGUGGUGUGUUACAUACAUUUUUAAUAUAUAAGAAGUUUUAAAUAAGAAUAUCAACACACUGUAUUUUUUUAUGUAAAGAAAACUACAUAUCAGAUAUGAUUUUUUUGGAAAGUGUGUCUGGUUAUUAUGGUAUCUUUUUAAAAAUGGUGUUAGGUUUCUGGUAGUACACUAAUCACUACUAUGACAUGUUAAUGUCAACAUACCCUACCCAAACCUUAAUUUCUGACCCUAACAUUUUACAAUACUAACAACAACCUAACACCUAUUUUCAUUAAGAGGCCAUUGUCAGAAAAUAGUAGCAAGAAACAGUGGGGUGUUUAUGUUGUGAGUUGAUUUAACAAACUGGUUAUUGUUUUGUAAAAAUUUAACUUAUAACUCAUAUUGUAAUUUUUGGUUAGAGAUUUUAAAAAAUUAAACAUGUUAGACAUAACUAACCUGUUCUACUUUCUCUUUUUAAAUCGGGUAUGUAUUUAAAUUUUGUACAAGUUUGAAAUUCUAACUACUAACCCUCUUUAUUUUUUUUCAAAUUACCUUUUUAAAUUUGCUUGUUGAUGAAAAGUGAAAGAAUGUUUCUAAUUUAAUGUUUAGGAUUUUUCAAGCUGGUUUGGUAUUUUUUCUUCUCUAUAUAUUGUUUGUAUUUGCAGAUAAGUUUAAGUCUAGAAAAUUGUCAUUUAUUUCAGACAAAAUUAUACUAGACCCAGUGACUAAUAUGUGAGUGACUGACGCAAGAUAUUGCACACCAAUAUGUUUCAAUUUGCACUUAUCUUGCUGCUGUGUAGCUUAUUUAUAUCACUAUAGUGUUUGAAACUAUUUAUUCCCAAUGAAGAAUGAAUACCUGAUAGUUAAAACAUGUUUAAAAAUUUUUGUUUUUUUGUGUUGAAAUUGGGGGGAAAGUUUUUGCUUAGUGAGGUUUAAAAACUUUUCUGAUUAGUAGGCUAUAUUUUGUCCACGAUUUUUAUUUGUCACUCUGCCUAAAGAAGUGUUUACUGAUGUAGACAAUAUUCUGAUAAUUGCGGAGUGAUAAAUCAUGGCCUGACCACCUCAUGUACCUGACCUAGUGACUAGCUUGUGUACCUUGGCCUACAUAAGCUGAAGUGCAGUCUUUAGAACAUUCUAGUAACUAGGACAAAUAUUUAUAGAUGCAGUCACCUGCGCUUAUCCCUCCCCUCCCAUGAGGUCAGGAAUGCAGUGGUCACUUAACCCUAUCCCUACAAGGCGGGUCAAAUUGACCCGACACUGCUACAUUUUAGUUAAUUACUGGUCAACCACUGGACCAAUUGUUUUGAGCUUCUAGAUAUGCUACCUACACAUACAAUGCUUGAUUUCAGCAUAAAAAUGAAUGUUUAAUUUUGCACGUGUGCAUGAGGGUGAGCAGGUUUAGGUUCACUAUUCCUCUCCCUACUAACAUGGGUCAAAUUGACCCGUAUACUUUUAUAUAGAGAAAAACUCUACUAGAGCAGGGGAAAGUGGUAUAAAUCUAUAGAAGUUUCAAACAACUUCCCUUGGGGCUAGACCUUUUGGGCUCAUAAGUUUGUAUCCCUUCCUGCCUUACUGAAGACAGCAAUAAGAAACAUUUUAUUCAGCGCCGAAGCGCAACAAUCCUUUGUUCAACAUUGUUGAUAGCAUGUUUUUAGACUCAACCUUGUUGUUACAAAUGAAACUAGUGGAUUGCUAGGUUUGGGCCUACUCAUUGAGAAGUUGUAAGGAAAGAUGUACCAACUGAUGACUGCAUGGGUUCAUUGGCUACUGUAUAAUUUCGAAAGCGAUGAAUCAGACCUGAACUUAUUUUUGCUGCUGAAUUUGGAAAUUAGGGCCAUACUGUCAAUAAAGUAUUUAGGAUAUAAUCAAGAUACAGCAGGAAGCCAAUAUUGAUUUGUAUCUAUGCAGUCUUUUGCGACAAAAGCCAUCUGAUGAGGUCAGUUUUCUGGUCCAUAGAUGUUAGACCAUGUCACCUCAGACAGUCCAACCAUAGUUGGGUAAAAUAGGACCAACUCAUUGACCAGCUUUCACAUGGAAAGUACAUGGAACCAUAUUUCGAUAAAUCAAUGGAUAUUGAUAUAGAGAUAACUAAUGUAUCAAUCUCUGGUAACUUUGUACUUUACAUUGAACUAAGUUUUUGGCUACUAAUCUGUGUCAAGCAUGCAUAUUGAUGCAAAAAUGAUGACAUCAAAAUGGAAAGACUGCAUAAAAUCAUCCAUGUAUGGCUCUAGCAACAUGCCCCAAUGGGCAAACUAAGUGGUAGCUAAUGACCAUAUUUUUCAAUUUUCAACUAAUGUCUCCAAUAAGUUGAAAUACAAAGUGACAGCUAUUACAAAUAGACAGCAGCAGAUUUACAAAAUUUGUAUAUUGUCAAAAAAGUUGGUUCUGUCCCAAGUUGAGCAUUGAGUAUAGAGAACUAUGUCCAAGCUACUGCAAUUCACAUUAGAUCAAAUAGUAAUAGUAGACAAAAAGAAGCCUUCUGAAACCACCCACUGAGUGUUGGGCCCAAUAGCGUCAUCCAAAAGUUAUUAUGCAAGAUACAUGUUAGAUGGGAAAAUAACUAUUUGUUAAAUAUAUAGGUUCUAUCUCUAGUCUAUAUAGCUUUACUGUGCAAACUGAUAAUAAUUGUGAUUAAGUUUUCUUGCAUAUGAAAAAUAAAUUGAUAGUAAAGGUAUACGAUUUUAUAUUUAGUAACGUCUAGUUUUAUUUAUGCCUAAAAAGUAUAAUAAUAAAUUACCUAAAACUAAAAUUUAGUGUAGAAAUGUAUAAACUAUAAUAUUAGUGUCCAUCUAUCAUUGAAAUAAUAGUUGUGCUAUAAAAAAUAUACAUAUGCAAUAAUAGAUUCUUAUAUAUAAAGUAUACGGGUCAAAAUGACCCGCCUUGUAGUCGAAUACAGUGAAAUAGGGUUGUAGGGAUAGGGUUAACAUCCAGAUCUCUGUGAGAAAUAUUUGUGUGAAUAAUAAGAAUAUUUUGGAUAUGUGUGGAUGUAGAAUAUUUAGUAGUUAGCUAGUGGUUACAAUUGAAAUGUAGUUUGUGAAUGUGAUGAAAGUGUAUGCAGUUGUUGAGUGCUCUAUGACAAGUGUAGCAAAAGAUUUGGUUAAUGUGAAGAUCACAUUGUUGAAUGAUAUUACUGCACACAACAAAGGUUUUGUUUGAUUAUUGUACUCAAACCAAGUGUUUCAGUUACUUCUUGAGGAUAAAUGUUCUUUUGUAACGAUACAAUUUGUUUAGAAACAUUAAACUUAAUUUCUUGAGAA